AUUUCCUGGGAGCAAGGGAAACUGUCUUGCUCCUGCAUGAUCUGGGUCUACUGCCUGCCCUUUCUAGGCAUCGCGCUGGCAGACUGCAGAGGCAGCUGCCCUCAGAAAGGCCAUCGCGGCGUCCGGCUAUUGCAGCAGCACCAGCGUUUAGGAAGAAAUGGCGUGCACCGCUUGGAGAACACACAAGAGGUGUCUCUGCACAGUUCUUCUCUUCAAGUGCUCUCGGAGCCCGUGGAACUUCCAACCCUUCACUCAGAGGUGUCUGGGGAUGGAUCGGCGUUCGUCCGGUUUGAGCAUAGAGGUCGCCUCCAUAGAUACAACCUCUCAUCCUUCAACAUUUAUAGCAAAGACGCUUUGGCCCUGGCACAUACUGUGCAAGGCGUAGAACCGUUGAUGACUUUGCCACGGGGAUUUAGGUCGCGAGUACCUGGUGCUUGGGCAACAGCAUGGCUACAAAAAGGGACCGUCUCUGGCAUUUUCGAAGAUGACAAAGGUCGCAUCAUGCGAAUUGCCAGGGCAGAGAACAGUCGAACGCAUCAGCUCCAGUUCUUGGUGAUCAAUGCCAGCGAGGCACCGGUCAAAAAAGAAGAUUCCCCUGGAGACUUGGAAAAGGUCAGUGACAGCGGCUGGAUCAUCCCAGACAGGACAGGCCUCCCCAUGGAGGAGGCGAUGGCAUCAUUAGAUCCGACGACUUGGGGUGGAAACCCAUGGUUUCCAGGCUGCUAUUCAGGAGACGCCAGCCUGCAUGACUUUGUGAUCGGAACAGUGGCAGACGUGGAAGCAUGGAGGAAGCACGGGGACGAGCUGCAGUCGAACAUAGAGCAGGUUGUCGCAGAGGCUUCGUUCAUCUAUGAGAAGCAGUUCAAUAUCGUGCUGAAGAUUGGAUACAUGAAGCUCUACAAAACCAACGAUGGGGCACCGCGCUUUGCUCGCUCCUGCAGUGACAAGCAGACCAAGCUAGAAGAUCUGCAGGCCGACUACAGAGCGCAUCCAUUCACUGGAGCACUACACCUUUUCACGGGCUGUGGCAAUGGUUAUGGCACGGUUGGUAUUGCCUGGCGUGGUGGUAUGUGUGACAAACGUGGCUACAAUACAGGAGUGAACGAGCUUUCCAAGCUACAAAAAGCCUGGCUCAUUUUCGCCCAUGAAUUGGGGCACAAUUUCGGAGGUCAACACUCGUUUGAAAAUGGUCAAGGAAAAACUGGAGGCAUCAUGGACUAUGGAGAUGGCAAGUUGAACGGUAUCUAUCAAUUCAACACGCGAUACAGAAAACAAGAGAUGUGUCGGCAAAUGAACAGCGACGUGAACCGCUGUAGUGGAAAGUUUGUGGAGUCCGACGACACGGAAGUCACAACCACCACUGUGCAAACUGUGUCUCAAACAACCACCACUACGACAACUCCACCAUUCAGGGUUACUACAAUGAAGUGCGAAUGCCUCCAGUACUGGAACCUUUGGGGUUCCAAGCAAGCCUGUGAGACCUACUGUUGCAAUCCCGACAAUGAUCCAAAGGGUGAAUGGUGCUUUGUGAAGGAUAGUGCUUGUCAAGGAAGGAAUUGGGGAUAUUGCGCCCCUCUACCUUCUACAACCAGCACGACAACGACAACCACGACAACCACCACCACUACUACCACCACUACUACCACCACUGCAACCAGUACCACCACUACCACCACUACUACCACCACGACCACUAAAACCACCACUAAAACCACCACUACUACAACCACUACUACCACCACAACAGCCCCUACGACAACCCCCACGACUACCACCACUGCAACCACUACCACCACUACCACCACUACUACCACCACGACCACUAAAACCACCACUACUACCACCACUACUACCGCUACUACCACCACAACAGCCCCU